CUAAGUGGUGAGGAGUGGAACCGUUGCCCGGUUGUGCACCUGACACCAUGGUUGACACACGUGGAGGGAAGAGUACUACCCCUUACACCCAGGCUCAGGAGGAGCAAGCCGCCGCCAUACUGAGAGAGAGAAGGGAGAAGAAGGAGAAGAAGGAGCUCCUCAAGCAAGCGAAGUUGAAGGCGAUAGCGGAGGAGCAGGCGGCGAAAAAGAAGAAGUUGGAGGAGGAGAUGAUCAGAUUGCAACAGGAGGAGGAAGAGGAAAGAAGGGCUGCCGAAGAAGAAGCAGCAGCAGAGGAGGAAGAGGUAGAAGAAGAGCCCCUAGAAAGGAGGCAUAGGGAAGAAAGGGGAGAAAGUAGUGGCACAAAGGCGGAAGAUAAGUGGAUGGAGAAGAAGAUUAGCGAGCGGGUGGCUAAUUUAUCGUUGGGAGAAGACGAAGAGGCACUGCUAUACGUACCCCAGGAGGAGAGAGAAGCAUUUGCCAGGGAGAUGGAAGCUAAGGAGGACCCCCUGGAACGCCAGAUGAUGGAAGACAAGAAGAGGUUGGAGUGGAAGUUGCAUCUGGCGAGGGAGAAGACGAGAAGGAGGGAGGAGGCCAACCGGAUGGCCAAAGAGGUGGAAAAGAUUCAGGCGUGCAGGCAGGAAGUGCAAGUGCAAGCGCAAGCCGAAACCUCGGCCAAGCUAGAUAAGAUCCUGGGUUAUCUGGAAGUCUUAAGUCAGGCCUGGCUUGAUGAGCAUCAGGCCAAUAAGGGUCAAGAUGUGACCCUUCAUGCCAUCCGGUCAGGUUUUAGAGAGUUUGUGCACGACGUGGUGACCCAUGUCGGGACCGAAGUAAAGAGAUUGAAGGAAGGCGUAGAGAAGUUUUGCGUCGGCGCCGUUGAAGGCGCCAAAGUAGUGGCCACAGCAGAGGCCGCGUUGCGUCCCCGCAAAGAGCCUGUUAAGCUCAAAUUUCCUGACGCUUAUAGCGGGAAAAAGGAUGAUAACUUUUAUAACUGGGAGACUAACAUUAAUACGUAUGUCUAUUUACAACAUAUCGCGCCCGAGGAACAAGUCCUCGUAGCCUUCAACGCAUUGAAGGACGAAGCAGCCAGCUUCGCCAGGUGCUUUGCGCGUGCAACUGAUUGCGAGCACAAUAUGAUUGCGUAUUCUAGGCUCACCCCUCUUUCCACUUUCCUGAAACUCCUGCGAGAGAGGUUCGCUGACGUCACAAGGGGCGUCAGGGCCUUUGACAAGCUUCAAACCAUCCACUCGCGGCAGUGGAAGAGUGCACGAGCACUCAAAGCUGUCAUGGACGACCUAGUAGCCGUCCCAGACCACGGGGUCACUUAGACCCAGUUUGUCCAAUUAUUUUAUUGUGCCAUGCCAGAGC